AUGUCUAACCGAACCAUUUGCGAUGUCGACACGCCGGACCCUUGGAUUGUGGCCGGCAAUGGCAAAUUCUACUUCACCUUUACCCUGGACAACCGCGUCGAAAUAUGGUGCUCUAACACCCUCGAGAACUUUCACCACUGCCACAAGAGUGUCGUUUGGCAGCCGGCGCCGGGGACUCCAUGGUCAGUCAACAUUUGGGCACCAGAGCUGCACUACCUCAAGGGCCGGUGGUAUAUCUACACCUGUGGCGCGCCGCCCGGGGUCGGGAACCCGGGCCAUCGGACUACGGUCCUCCGAUCGUCGUCCCAGGAUCCGAUGGACGCCUCCGCAUGGGAGUUUCUAGGUCCGCUGAAGGGUAUGCCGGACCACUGGUCCAUCGACGCCACAGUCUUUAGUCCCAAUGGACACGAUUUAUACUGCUGCUGGUCCGGAUGGCCUCUUGGAGAUCAUUCCGACACGCAGCAAGACCUGUUCUUGAUUAAGCUUCGUGCCCCGGAAGAAGCCAUUACCGACACACUCCUUUGUAUUUCGAGGGCUGAGCUCUCAUGGGAACGCCCUGAUGAGGGCCGCCGGGGCGUUAAUGAGGGCCCGACAUGGGUUGAUAUUCCUGGUGUCUUCAGAGGCAUUGUGUACUCUGCCGACGGAAGCUGGACUAGCGACUACAAGCUCGGCCUGCUGCCGCUCGUAGGACAGAACCCUCUAGAUCCAGGCGCAUGGGCGAAGCGAUCGACACCGCUUAUGGUCAGCCACAAGCGCUGCGGAGGUCCGUACGGGCCGGGGCACGCAAGUUUCUUGCCAAAUCCACAUGAUCGAAGCCGUGUCUACUGCAUUUACCAUGCGACGGCGAAUUAUGGUGAGGGAUGGGCAAAUCGGAAAGCGAGGAUAAUUGAUCUUGGGCCAGAGUGCUUUGGGCCUCAUGCUCACUCCAUAUGCUGCGCGCUGGAACGUCAUAUUCCGAAGCAUGGUCACGAUAGACCACAUAAGUCUUCAUGUAUCAUGUCCUAG